AUGCAAUACGCAUACAACACCCCCGCCGAGCGCACAAAGUUUAUCAUGAUGCGUUUCGGCGACCACAUCUACUGGGGACAAGUCUCCUCAAGCCUGAAACAGGGCGAUGAGGUCUACAACGCGCUCCGCGCCACCUUCUCCGGGGUUCUUGAACCCACUCAAGCCAUCAUCAUCUGGCACCCUGAGCGCGAUGAGAAAGUCCGUCUGGACUACCACCACCUUGUCGAGGGCCCGACAUACCGCAUCGAAGCCACCUUUGGUGGGCGUCAACAAGGUUCCGGUGCCGAGGCUUCUGGCGGCUACAAGAAGGCGCAGAAGUACCUCGAGGCCAUUCGCAAGCAUUGGGAGUUGGGUGACGACAGCGAGAUCUUGCCUGCGUGGAUCGCGCCUCGCGACGGUGAAGGCAAUUUGGUCGCUCCAUGCGAUUGGCCUGCACGCUUUGCCGGUGACGUGCGCAAGCUGAGCGGCCACAGCGUUGGCAGAUACCAGGUCGCGAUGGGAUAUCUGGUCGCAGCCGUGGAGGCUAGGCGUGAGCGAGGAGAAUACCCGGGCGAAGUGACGAGCGGCGACUGCAAGACCGCGAUGGCGCGGAUGAUGACAGGCACCGCCGACCAGGCGUACGCCCAGCUACCAGAGGAGAUAGCGGCUACACAGAUGUUCGCGGGUGGCCUGGCGGAGGCGGCACAGCAGGCCCUGGAGGAGAUAGAGGGCGAGGGAGCGGCGGUCGGGUCUGGGUACGAGGAGGGUGGCAGAUUCAACAUCGGUACACACUUCCGAUCUGCUUGA